CAAGUCCCUCCAAACCCACUCAUACCUAUAUCUCAUAAUCUCCUUCCUUUAAGACCUUCUAUACUUUCAUAAAAAAAAAGGAGUCCAAUGACUCAAAUCAUGUGCUCCUUCCGCCUCCUCCUCCUAGCAAUUCUCAUGAUCCAUUUCUCCUCAUCAGUAAAAGCAUCUUACGACGUUACUUCCUUUGGUGCCAAACCCAAUGGUCGGACAGACUCGACCAAAUCAUUCAUUAGUGCAUGGACUGCCGCCUGUCACUCAACAAACCCUGCAACCAUCCAUGUACCCUCCGGCUUCUUCCUGAUAGGUCCGGUCACCUUCAAUGGUCCUUGUAGGAGCAGUAGGAUCACCAUCCAGAUCGACGGAACCCUCGUCGCACCAUCGAAUUAUGCUAAUCUUCGCAAUCUUGAACAGUGGAUUUUGUUCGAUCAUGUCGACGGCAUCUCGGUGUACGGUGGGACCAUCGACGGCCAUGGCUCACCUCUAUGGGCCUGCAAGGCCGCCGGCCGGAACUGCCCUGCCGGUGCAAGGUCGUUAGUGUUCAGGAACUCGAAGAACAUCUUGAUCAGUGGACUGACGUCGAUCAAUAGCGAGAGGUUCCACAUCGUGAUCGAUGGCUGCCAGGUGGUGACGGUGCACGGGGUCAGGAUCACGGCCCCCGGCAACAGCCCCAACACCGAUGGCAUCCACGUCCAGUCCUCCACCGACGUCACGAUCACCGGAGCCGGCAUCAAGACGGGCGACGACUGCAUCUCGAUCGGGCCCGGCACGACGAACCUAUGGAUCGAGAAGGUCACUUGUGGACCUGGCCAUGGCAUAAGCAUUGGGAGCUUGGGGAAUGAGUACGAGGAGAAGGGGGUGGAGAACGUAACGGUGAAGACGGCGGUGUUCACGGGAACGGAGAACGGGCUGAGGAUAAAGACGUGGGGGAGGCCGAGCGAGGGGUUCGUGAAGGGAGUGGUGUUCGAGCACGCCAUGAUGCAGAAUGUCCGAAAUCCCAUCAUCAUUGACCAAAAUUACUGCCCCCAUGAGAAAAGAUGCCCUGGCCAGAAUUCUGGAGUGAAGAUUAGUCAGGUGAACUAUAUGGAUGUCCAAGGGUCAUCUGCAUCACAAGUGGGGAUAAACUUUGACUGUAGUGCCAGCAACCCAUGCACCGGAAUUGGACUGCAAGACAUCAAGCUUACCUACGGAAACAAGCCAGCAAAAUCGUUUUGUGAGCAUGUCCAUGGUACUGCCUCUGGUUCUGUUGUGCCAAGUUGCUUCUGACUCUUCGAGUUGGAAUAGUAUGUAUAGAUCGUAUGUCAGAGUAUGCAUGUGUUGAUGAAAUGGGUGAUGUAGGAUUCGUAACUUUUCUUAUCCUCCAUGUCCAAGCGUUACUCUAGUAGACAUGGAAUGGAAUAAAUAUUUAAUGGAUUGAUAUGUGUUUUUUAUUUAUAAUAAUUUCGGCCUAAACUAACGUU